AUGAACUUGAACGAGGGAAGACCUGUCACCCAGCCUCAGACUUCCUCCUACGCCGCAUUGGACGCAGACUUCAUCAAGACACAUCCUCGAGACAAGCCCGAAAUGGUCAUUCCGGAGUCACCCGCUGACUCCGGCAGCAGCGAGACGAGACCAUAG